CUCCACAUCGUCCCCGAGGACGGCACCAUCGAGACGUUCUCCGUCACCGAUGCCUCUUCCUCUAAUAGGACCACCUUCCGCCAAUACGGUGCCGUAGAGCAGUCCCGCGAGGAACUCGGCGUCGUCGUGCUCCGCGCCCUUCCUGAAGAAUGGGACUUGGGCUUCCUCGACCGUGACGUACGAGCCAGAGUCGAGAAGAUCAUGCGCAGCUCGUCCAUCUUCGGCGCGGCACAGAAGGAGCAGGCCGGCAGCGUCGACGUGUCUCUGCUGGUGGAGGAAAUACUCAAGCCGGCGGCUCUUGACGCUAUCCGCGCGAUGGAGGGUCGU